AUGUCACGGUGCGAUUACAAUGUUCUCUUCUACAGAGUGUUUUGUCUCGCUCUUUUGGUGAUCGCUUUCAUAUUUACCGUAAUACUGACGAAUGUAUUUAUUGAUAUUGAUGGUUUGUUAUCUAGAAAAGAUAAAGCACAAUCCCACAAUACAAAUGCAGUAAUAGAAAAGGUCAGUACUAAUGUGAUACCUGACGACACAAAGCCUGAGUUAUUGUACAAUGACGAUAAAGAUUACGUGGAUGAGGAGUAUUCAUACAGAAGUAAAAGAUCAUUGGAAUCCCAAGAUUUCCUGCAACAAAUAAAAAAUCCAAAAGUAAAGGAUUUGCUUAAAAAUCGUCUUGAAACGCUUUUAGAAGAAUUGGACGAGGAAGAAUCUGUUACAAGCAAACAGAAACAAAAUAAUGGAAAUACAAAGUUUAAAGAAAAUUCCAUCAAUAUAGUAGCAAAAAAUGAAAAGAAAGUUGAAUUGGAUACGGUAAUACAUAAAAAUAAUGAAAUAAUGGAAAACAAUAAGGCACUAGAUGACAAUGAAAGUACACAAAUAAGAAAUAAUAAAAACGAAAAAAUACCUAGAGAAGCAAUAAGAGAUAUGAAAAAUGAUGAUCUAUUGCAUUUAGCGAUGCACAAUAUUCUAUUACAAGGUAUAAUUGGACACAUGGAUCUGAACAAUGUGUAUAAGAAACUACACUCAUUGAUUAGCAAUUUUAAUAAAAUGCAGAGGUUAUAUAAAGAAAAUUUCCUUCUUACAAAGAAGGAACUGGAGAAAAACACACCGCCAAUUUUAAAACGUCAAAUGAGCCCGCCAGUUGAGGAGAAUAAAUAUUUUGAUGAAAUAACAAAAUGCGACAAACUACAGAAUGAAUUAACUGAAGGAACAGAUAAGGAUAUGACCAUGGAAAGUAAAAAUAUUCCUCAGAAAGGUAUCAAUUUAAUUAAAACUAUUAUAGAUAUGUCAUCUAUAAACUAUAAUAAAAACAAUAAAGAAAAUCAAUCGAAUUCCAAAGAUAUCAAAGGCUUUAUUAAAGUAAUUUUCAAUGGAAACCCAAUAAGACUAAGACGAUUAAACAGUGACGAAGAAAAUGUAUUUGAUCUCGAGAGAAACAAAAUUAAGGGAAAUAUUGAAACUUCGACGACAGUAGUUAAAAAAGUUCAGAAUGAUAAUUUUGGAUCUAAUAAUUCUUUUGAGUCUAAACGCAUUAAAAGACAUACUAAAUUGCUAUAUGAUGAUGAAAUUGAAAACAUAACGAAAAUUCCGAAAUUAAAUGAAAAAGGGGUUACAAAAGAUGAUGAUGAGCUAUAUGUAGAAAUUGAUACACAUUUUGAUAGCAAGGGAAUGAAAGGUGAAAAAAAGAAAAAACUUAUAAGAAAUUUAGUAGACAAGAUACAAAAAGCAAUACUCUCAGACUUAGAGAAUCAGGACAUAGAGAGAAAGAAAAACUACAAACAUUUGCAUGUUAAAAAAAGAACGCAAGAUCCUCUAGACAAUAAAUAUAAUACAGCUCUCUUAAACAAAGCUAUACCACCCAUUGAAGCUAUUGUGCAUAGACAUUUAGAUCCAAUUAGCAAAAUUGCAGCUGAAGACAUAGUACCUAAUAUUUACGAUAAAUCAGGGGAAAGUUGGAAAAAAACAUAUUUUGGACCUAGAUUCCUGACAGAAACAAAAUCUUUGAAUUCAGCUGAAAUGGGUCAAGUUGAUGUCGACUAUAAUAAAGUUAUGAAAGUAAAUGGUAUCUCUCAGAGGAUACAAAAACCCUUGAAUACAGAUGUCAGUGAAGACAUAUUAAAUGCCAAUAAUUUUGAUAUGGGUAAUAUGAAGUUUUUUAUAAAAGACAUAGACGGAUCUGGAUUUUCAAUAGGUUUUAAUCAAUAUACAGACGAAGCACCAGAUACAGAAGCCAUGAAACUAUUUACAGGUGUAGAACAUUUAAUACAAACGUAUCACCAAAAAUAUGAUGAAUUAGAAAGUACAACAGAAGACAAUAAACUAAUUGAAAGCAAUUUUAAUCACAAUAUUAUACGACGUUCUAUUAAAAACAGUGAUCAUCAUUCUAAUGAAUACAAAAUAAUAUUUAAUAGUAGCUUCCUUCCAUACAAUAGUUAUCAAGAAAUAAUUAAAGAUAAAAAAAAAUCUAUAAAGGAAUCUUUUAAUGAAGAUGACAAAGAAUCGCUCAUACUGCUUGAUGAAAAUAUAUUUGAGAGACACUUGAAACCAGCUGAAAUUUUAACUUUAGCAAAUUUAUUUGAAAGAAAUAAGCGAGCCGUAACUGUAAAAAAUAUAUCAUAUUUUAAUAACAAUAUAAAAUUAAAUAAGUUUCUGAAUACGAAUAUAAUGACUACUAAACGAAUAAUUUUAAACACUAAAAGAAAUAAACGACAAAUAAAUAAGAUAAGAAUAAUAGCUAGAGGGGACACAUCUAGACCUAAACAAUCCCAAGAAAAUAUUUUCGUUUUGUCAGAUGAAAAUAUAUUGGCUGAUAGACCUGUUGUUAGGGAAGUGGAAACACCGGAAGAAUUAGAAAUACCAGAUAGAGCAGAAGAAAAUAUAGACUACAUUCCUUACAUUAAUGAUCAAACUAAUUUAGGCCCGUCGUAUACUGCUAACGAAUUUCAUGGUAGACAUAGACAUAAUCUUUUGAUGUCUAAAUAUCCACAUAUUUUUAUGGAAGAAAUGAGUAGAUCCAAAGAAACUAUCACUCCAGAAGAACCAUUCUUAGAAAAACUUGUAGAAAAUAUUCCCCAAAUCAAUUAUAAUGAAAAACAAUCGAAAAUUUAUGCAGCUACUGAAAAUUACGUUUCAACUGCACUAGAUGUUCCUAUAUCAAAUAUGGACCAACUUGAUGGUAUUAAUUCCCAAGGUCCUGCGAAUUACAAAUUUACAGUUAAAAUUAUGCCUAAAAAUUCAACAAGUAUGAAUUCAGGUUUUAAAGAAAUACAUACCAGUAUUAACAAAAGUUUCAAUAAGAAUGGAUUACGUUACUCUUCGUUGGUAAAUGUAUCUGAAAUUUCUAAAAUAGAAAAUGAAAGAAAUCUUAAACAAAAAGAGGAAAAAAUAAAACACCUACUGAAAAGACACAAACAAAGGAUAGAUGCCCAACUAAAUCAUUUAAAAAAGGAAAAAGAACAUUUAGAAUCAUUGAUUGUUAAAAAUGAGAAUAAUUCUAAUGAGUUAGUUGAUUUGAUUUUACCAAUAAGUCCUCCUCAGACAGUACGUAUGAGGAAAGAUGACAUUAAUAAGUUAGGUGCUUCUGCAUUUCUCAAUGAACAGGAUUUACAAAACGACAUCAAAACUACCACCCAUUCUUCAACAACAUUAAAUUUUCCUACAACAACAAUACAAAAUACAAAAGAACUAGAAAAAACUACAAUUGUCAAUAUAGAGAAGAAUGAAUCUUUGACAAAGGAGAUAUUAAAGAAAAUAGACCAAAACACAUUAAUGCUUCAAAUGUUUUUAGAGAAAUUAACUGAUAAAUUUGCUGCCAUGACACAGCCGACAACAAUAAGAACUAUCAAGGAGGAAUUAAAUGUACCCAAGGAUUGGAAAAACUAUCAACCUAUACAUGAGCCGUUUUUUGGUCAAGCAAUGCCCGAAAUAGAAGUAAGGAAAAAUGAUACACAUGUCUCAAUACCAUUUGUCUAUGCAUAUCAACAACCAUUUCCAGUAGUAAACAAAGCAGAUGGACCAAACGCACCAGUCGCUAGCGUGGUAUAUCAUGGUCAUAUUCACACAAAUGCUGUUAGAAACAACCGAGAAACCUGGAAACAGAAUGCAAAGGAUAUAAACAUGAAAAAUAAUGUCAAAGUAAUUGCUAAAGCAAAUGGAUCAAGAUUUUUUAUAGACGAUUUGGAAAAUGAAUACAAAGUUGCAGUACCUAAAAGUGUACCGAAAAACGAUGGUAUUUAUUCUAAAUUACCUGUAUCCGAAAAUAAGAAAAAUUGUUUAAAGGAAAAUAAUGGUAUUGAGUCCAGACCGUUUACCAAUGGGCAUGGGUACCCGUUUGAUCUAGAUUGUGACGAAGUACAUGACGAUAAGGACUUUCUAGAAAAUAUAAAGGAUGCUAAAAUGGGUACCGCUCAAGAGAAUAAGCAUAUUAAAAAUUUUGUAAGAGAGGAGGUUUCAAAACAAUUACUUAUGAAAGGAAAUAUUAAUGGGAACGCAGAAGAAGACUUUGAUAAACAUAAUAUACAAGAACCAUCGAAUGAUACAGUGACUGAAGAUAAAAAACAUUUGAAACCAAAUGAUCUUACUAAAAAUAAUGAAGAACUUCCAAAUGAGAAUAAAGAUAUUGACUUUACAACUGCUAAACCUAAUAGUAAUGCAAGAGAUAAAUCGAAAAUCGACAUAAAUAAUCUGGAAGAAAAGGGAAAACAGUUGCUUAAAAAGUUUUUUAAUACAAUGCUGGAAAGGUUUGAACGGUACUUGACAACUUUAUUGCAUGAUGAGAAACAAAAUCCUAGCAGGGAUUCGUCAUUUAAGAGACAGAAAAGAGAAUAUAACUAUAAAGAGGACACUAAAUCUUCACAAAACAAAUAUGUAAUAUAUCCACCUAACAUCGAUAAAGGUGUAUCGAAGGAACUAAAAUAUAAAAUUAGUGACCUAGUUGAUACACUGGGAAACGAACAGAAGACGUCAGCUGAAAAAAAAUAUGAUGACAUAAAAAGUGAUUGGAUUUGGGAUCACAUAAAGGAUUUGAUUAAAGAAGAGGUUUCGAACUAUUUGAAAGAACCUAAAGAUGCAACGGAAGAAAAAGAACCCAACAAAAUAUCCAAUGAUAUAAGCAAAGAUAUAGAAAUACUUAAAAAUAAUAGCACAGAGAAUGUUAACAAUGAAACUCAUAGUCCGAUUGUUAUCAACAAUAAUCAUGAGGAUGAUCAAACUGAACUUAUUGAAAGUUUAUUUAAUCCACUACUCGAAAGCUUUAUACAUUACUUAGAUAUGCUCGAUGGCGAUGAUGAUAAUGACGACAGUAAUGAAAAUGAAGAUAAAUGGCCCGCUAUUACGACUAAAAGACCAAAUCACAAAGUAAGAACUACUACUGAACGACCAGAUAUUGAUGGAUAUAGAGAUAACUGGCUACUCACUACAACUAAAAAACCUAAUUAUCAACGUAAGCACAAAGUAACUACUACUACUGAACAGCCAGGUAGCGAUGAAAAUGAAGAUCACUUGCCCACUACUACAACUAAAAAACCUAAUCAUCAACGUAAACACAAAGUAACCACUACUACUGAACAGCCAAAUAGCGAUGAAAAUGAAGAUGACAUGCCCACUACUACGACUAAAAAACCUAAUCAUCAACGUAAACACAAAGUAACUAGUAUUACUACUGAACAGCCAGGUAGCGAUGAAAAUGAAGAUGACUUGCCCACUACUACAACUAAAAAACCUGAUCAUCAUAAUAAGCACAAAAUAACCACUACUAAUAAACAGCCAGAUAGCGAGGAAAAUGAGGAUGAGUUGCCCACUACUACAACUAAAAAACCUAAUCGUCACCAUAGUCAUAAAAUAACUACUACUACUGAACAGCCAGAUAGCGAGGAAAAUGAAGAUGAGUUGCCCACUACUACAACUAAAAAACCUAAUCGUCAUAAUAAGCACAAAGUAACCACUACUACUGAACAACCAGUUAGCGACGAAAAUGAACAUGAGUUGCCCACUACUACGACUAAAAAACCUAAUCAUCAACGUAAACACAAAGUAACUAGUACUACUACUGAACAGCCAGGUAGCGAUGAAAAUGAAGAUGACUUGCCCACUACUACAACUAAAAAACCUGAUCAUUAUAAUAAGCACAAAAUAACCACUACUACUAAACAGCCAGAUAGCGAGGAAAAUGAGGAUGUGUUGCCCACUACAACAACUAAAAAACCUAAUCGUCACAAUAAUCAUAAAAUAACUACUACUACUGAACAGCCAGAUAGCGAGGAAAAUGAAUAUGAGUUGCCCACUACUACAACUAAAAAACCUAAUCGUCAUAAUAAGCACAAAGUAACCACUACUACUGAACAACCAGUUAGCGACGAAAAUGAACAUGAGUUGCCCACUACGACAACUAAAAAACCUAAUCGUCAAAAUAAUCACAAAAUAACAACUACUACUGAACAGCCAGAUAGCGAGGAAAAUGAAGAUGAGUUGCCUACUACUACAACUAAAAAACCUCAUCAACAUAAUGGGCACAAAGUAACCACUACUACUAAACAGACAGAUGACGACGAAAAUGAAGAUGAGUUGCCCAUUACUACAACUAAAAAACCUGGUGGUCAUAAUAAGCACAAAGUAACCACUACUACUGAACAGCCAGAAAGCGACGAAAAUGAAGAUGACUUGCCCACUACUACGACUAAAAAUCCAAAUGUUCAAAGUAAUCACAAGGUGACGACAACAAUUGAGCCACAAGUUAGUAAAGAAAAUGACGAUGAACCCAAUGCUGCAACUAAAAAUCCAAAUAGUAAUAAUAAUGAUAAAGAAACAACUACUACUAAACAGCCAGAUAGCGAAUCGGAAAUUGAUCCAUCUGAAUUAAGACCGCUUACUACGACUACACAAAUAAAUAAUGAUAUAACUACUAUAAAAAAUAUUGACGAAAAUAGACCAACUGAAAAGCCUGAAGUACCAGAAGAUUCUACAAUAUCGGAUGCCCUUAAUUCGCCUAAUACAACAAAGAAUCAAGAACUAUCUGAUGGUGAAGAGCCAUUGAAAGAUGAAAAUUAA